GAAGCCAUCCUCGCCAUGCCUUCGCCUUUUCUCACGCCGGGGACCGUGUCCCGCCCGGACGAACUGGCCAUCCUUCACCUCCGCAGAGACCUGCUUAUCCCCACCAUUUUGAGAACGUACGAUGAUGAGGAUCUAGGAUAUGAGGAGGGCAAAGUCACGAAUACUCGGUUCGGUUCAUUUCCGCACAGCACCCUCAUCGGACAGCCGUGGGGCUCGCAGAUUGUCGCCUCCAAAGUCGAUACUGGAUCUCGAGGUCGCAGACCGGCACAAAAACCGAGCGAUGAUGGACAGCAAUUGAAGCGCAAAACAGAGGAGCUAGAUUCGCCCAAUGCAACAGACGAGGCAAGGCCUCUGAAAGCGGCCGUCUCGGCGUCGAGCGGAUUCAUUCAUCUGCUUCCUCCGACACCCGAAUCAUGGACCGCAUCUCUUCCUCACAGGACGCAGGUUGUCUACACCCCAGACUACAGUUACAUCCUUCACAGGCUUCGCGUGCGGCCUGGUAGCACCAUCAUCGAGGCUGGCGCUGGAAGUGGUUCGUUUACACAUGCGGCGGCUCGCGCAGUAUUCAACGGGUAUCCCACGGAUCAACCGCCUUCGAAAAAGAGGAGACUGGGGAAAGUCUGCAGCUUUGAAUUCCACGCUCAGCGCGUUCAAAAAGUCCGAGAAGAGAUUAAGCAACAUGGGUUGGAUGGGAUCGUCGAUGUGACACACCGUGAUGUCUACAAUGACGGCUUCCUUCUCGGUGAUCCAAAGACCGGCCGAUCGCCCAAGGCCAAUGCCGUUUUCUUAGACCUACCAGCCCCGUGGCUGGCCCUUAAACAUCUCGUCCGUGAUCCACCAUCUGGUUCCGAAUCGCCACUAGACCCCUCUUCUCCUGUUCACAUAUGUACGUUCUCACCUUGCCUCGAGCAGGCACAGCGAACUAUCAGUACCCUCCGACAAUACUCGUGGCUAUCAAUAUCAAUGGUAGAGGUCAGCCACCGCCGCAUUGAAGUCCGGCGGGAACGGUACGGGUUGGAUGCUGAAGGCGUACGCGGCGCAGUGGUGUUUCCUAAAUCAGUGGACGAAGCCGUCUCGAAACUCCGAACGGUCGAAAACCGCCAGAAGGAAUGGCGCAGGCACCAGCAUGAGCGAAGAGACGGCGAUGGUACGUCUGAAGAUCGGACAAAAAGAGAAGAGGAGAAUGAGAAUGAAAGUAAUAGCGCGGACCACGUUGAGGAUGCUACCACGACAUCUUCAUCUCAGUCACAGAUCCCAUCGUACGAGCAGGGCCGCCUGGUCCACCGCACAGAACCAGAGAUCAAAACACAUACAUCGUAUCUCGUGUUUGCGGUUCUGCCUCGUGCCUGGUCUGAAGAAGAUGAAAAGAGAUGUCGCCAGGCGUGGCCAUCCCGACGUCAAUCCGGUGAUGGUGCGGAGGCACAAGAACCAAAGACCAAAAGGCAAAUGAAGAGGGAGGCUCGAGCACAACAACGACAGCAACAGCAACAGCAACAGCAGAUCAGCCAAGAGCAGCAGCAGAAAGGAGAAGAAGCUACUGAAGAGCCAAAGGAUGAGAGUGCAAUGGAUAUUGAUGAGUAA